UCUUGGUGAAUGCACAUACAAUGAAUCCAUGUGUGGCACAUCCAAGCUCCUAUAGACACUUCUUGGGCGAUGACCUCUAUGGAGAGGAGCCGCAUCCAUUUGGACAUUAGAGAAUGCAAUUCAAGGCCUUGGAGGGAGUAUUUCGGGGAAAAAACUGGAAUGAGGGUAAGAGAACCUCCACGUCUGAUUGACUUUGACUCGCAGUGGGAUGGAUAGCUCUCUAUACAAUAGGGUUGGGAGUGUAAUAAAAUAGAAUUGGUAAGGAUAAAAGAACCUUACUCCCUGUAGCUGACGAUAUAUCAUUUUGCGUACUAUAAAGCUCCUAGUACUCUUCAAGUACUGAAGGCAGCCACAAACAUGGCUUUCAGCAACCCAACUGUACUAAAAUCCUUCUCCUUCCAUCUCAUAUUCUUCCUUCUGUUCUUCUCUUUGCUCCUCUCUUCUUCCAACGCCUAUGCCUUGAGUUCCAUCAGCACUGGCACCAAUAUUGUCGCAGUAGAACAAGCUGAUGCUCUCGUCAAAUGGAAAGCUAGUCUCAACAACCAAAGCCAAUCUGAUCUCCAUUCAUGGAGUCUACUUGAUCCUAAUGCCACCAAUUCCUCUCUGCGAUCUGACCCGUGGUGCCGUUGGACUGGAAUUGCUUGCAAUCAAAGGGGAAGCAUCACUGAAAUUAACUUACGAAGUAAGGGAUUGCGAGGUACGGUUGAGAACUUCCCUUUUCCCUCACUUCCUGCUCUUACACAUCUGGAUCUCUUUAAUAAUAAACUUCAUGGCACUGUUCCAUCAAACAUUGCUAACCUUUCGGCUCUCAACUACCUUGAUCUCGCUGUGAAUCAGCUCUCAGGAUUAAUUCCAUCUGAAAUCUGCUUACUUACCAGUCUUCAAAUCUUGUAUCUGGAUCAGAAUAAUUUCGGUGGAUCAAUUCCUUACGGAAUGGGAAGAUUGAAAAAUCUUAUUGGUCUGACCAUGUACUCCAACAAACUCAAUGGUUCCAUACCUGCAUCUCUAGGUAAUUUGAGCAAUCUACAGGAGCUCUCUUUGUACGAGAACAAUCUCAUUGGUUCCAUUCCUAAAUCAAUAGGUAAGCUGAGAGAUCUGCACAUUUUACACCUAUACAACAAUCAUCUUUCAGGUCUCAUUCCCCGGGAAAUAGGAAAUUUGACUAAGCUCAGUAAAUUAAGCCUGGAAAAUAAUAGUCUCAUUGGCUCCAUCCCUCAGGAAAUAGGAAAUUUGAAAUCUCUUACUGAGCUGUACUUGCCUGUGAACAAUCUCACUGGUUCAAUCCCUGCCUCUUUAGGUAAUUUGAGAAACCUAACCAUUUUACACCUCUUUCAGAAUCAACUAUCUGGUAGGAUUCCUCUAGAAAUAGGUAAUUUGACGAGUCUCACUGACCUAGAUAUGGCCAACAAUAGUUUAACUGGAUGCCUCCCUUCGACUUUGGGAAACCUAAAGAACCUCACUUUAUUCAACCUGCUGGAAAAUCAACUUUCUGGAUCAAUCCCUGAAGAAAUAGGAAAUCUUACCAAUUUAGCUGACCUACAAUUGGGAGAUAACCAUUUCUCAGGUAGUCUACCACAAGGGCUAUGCAUGAGUGGAUCACUUGAAAACUUCACUGCAUUUAACAACCAUUUCACAGGUCAUAUUCCGAAAGGCUUCAAAAACUGCACAGGCUUCUUUAGAGUUCGACUUGAUAAUAACCAAUUUGUUGCAAACUUAUCAGAAGACUUUGGGGUUUAUGAGAAGCUGAAUUACAUUGAUUUGAGCAAUAAUCAAUUGCAUGGUGAACUUUCAUCAACUUGGGGCCAAUGCCAAAAUCUGCAAGCUCUUCUGAUAGCUGGGAAUAAUAUUACUGGUAAGAUACCUCCAGAGCUUGGGAUGUUAACUCAACUGGGUAAACUUGACCUUUCUUCAAAUUACCUUGAGGGAGAAAUUCCUAGGGAAUUUGGUGAGUUGACAGCUUUGCUUGUUCUGAGUCUGAGCGGCAACCAACUUUCUGGUAGUUUACCAAUAGAAAUUGGAAGACUAUACAGCCUUACGUAUCUUGACUUGUCAACAAACAGUUUGAGUGGACAAAUACCAAAAGAAAUAGGGAACUGCUCCAGCUUAUUUCAUCUGGAUUUAAGCAACAACAAUUUGAAUGGAAUCAUUCCAUUUCAAAUUGGCUUUCUGGUUCACCUUCAAGCUCUAUUGGAUCUUAGUCAAAACAGGUUCAGUGGAGAGAUACUGUCGCAGUUUCAAAAUUUAAGGAACUUGGAAAAUUUAAAUCUCUCCCACAAUCAACUCUCAGGUUCCAUUUUUUCUGCAUUGGAUGGAAUGUCUAGCUUGACAUGCAUUGAUAUAUCUUACAAUGAGUUUGUGGGUCCACUUCCAGACAACAAAGCCUUCCAAGAUGCUACAAUAGAAGCUUUAAGAAACAACACAGCACUGUGUGGCAAUGCAAGUGGUAUGCAACCUUGCAAAUCCCCCUUGUCGAAAGGAGAAAAUGGGAAAUCAGACCACAAAAUCCUGAUUGCUGUCUUGGUUCCAUUAUUAGGUUUGCUAUUUCUUCUGUUUGCUGUUGUCAUAGCUAAUGUUGUCCACCGAAGGGUACGAAUUGUUGAGACAAAGCAAAGAACAACAGCACAUGCUACGGAUUUAUUUUCAAUAUGGAAUUAUGACGGAAGAAUAGUAUAUGAAGAAAUUAUUGAAGCAACUGAGGAUUUUGAUGCUAAAUAUUGCAUUGGGACGGGAGGAUAUGGAAGUGUAUACAUAGCAAGGCUGUCAACAGAUCAAGUGGUAGCUGUCAAAAAACCUCACCAACCAUUACAAGCUGAGUGUGAGAAUGUCGACAGACAAACAUUCAGAAAUGAGAUUUGUGUGUUGACAAAACUGCGGCACAGAAACAUCGUGAAGCUCUAUGGUUUUUGUUCAUCUGCACAACACUCCCUUUUAGUUUAUGAGCAUUUUGAGAGAGGAAGUUUGGCUAAGAUCCUCAACAAUAGUGAGCUUGCUUCGGAAAUGAAUUGGACAAGAAGGGUUAAUGUCAUUAAAGGUGUGGCAAAUGCUUUGUCUUACAUGCACCAUGAUUGUUCACCACCGAUCAUUCACCGCGACAUAUCGAGUAACAAUGUUUUGCUGGAUGAAGAAUAUGAGGCAUGUGUGUCUGACUUCGGCACUGCUAGACUUCUAAAGCCCGAUUCAUCGGAUUGGACUUCUAUGGCGGGGACAUGUGGAUAUGUUGCUCCAGAGCUUGCCUACACAAUGAAGGUGACACAAAAAUGUGACGUUUAUAGCUUUGGGGUACUAACAUUAGAAGUGCUGAUGGGAAGGCAUCCAAGUGAACUCAUCUCUACACUAUUAUCGUCGUACUCGGCACUGCCAUCAACAGAGCAAAUGAUACUAUUGAGAGAUUUGUUGGACAAACGACUCUCCCCUACCACGAUGGACAUGGUUGAAGAACUCUCAUCUGUUAUGAAGCUAGCAAUAUCAUGUUUAGCCACUAAUCCACAAUCUCGGCCUGACAUGCACUAUGUGUCUGAGAAAUUAUCAUCUUGAAGCCAUUUGUUGCCUUGCAAUAUGCUUCCUGCUGACAUCAAGCACAUUCAUUGGAAAGAAAAUUGCAUGACUAAGGCAUUGUUUAUUCAUCAUAUUUCUCCCAUGUCAUGUUUGAUGGUUUUCUAGAUUUGCUCAAGUUUGUUUAAGUAAUUUUUGUUUUGAUCCCUUGUAUUGUGGUAUUGAGUGGGCAUCCUUUUCAUGUAUAUGGGCUUUGUGUGAUCAGGUCACCGCCCAUGACCAAUUUCAUUGUAUCUAUCCGUUUUUAAAUGUAACAAAUGCUUGAGGACGUGCGAACUAAGGUCCAAAAUGAUUUGAAGA